CCACCUGGGCUGAGUGAUGAGAUUUAACAGCAGCACUGUAUAUUGCGUAUCGAAAUCUACUUCCGCAUACAAAAAGAUUCUAAACACAAGCGCGCCGUUUCGUUUCUGGAGUGUGUAGGAUUUACGGAAGUGGAGUCACAGGCGUGGCUUAGGAACUUCCGUCUUUUACAGCGAAAAAAUGACAGCGACUCUGCGUCCCUACUUAAAUGCUGUGAAGGCCACCCUGCAGGCGGCCCUAUGCCUUGAGAACUUCUCCUCUCAGGUGGUGGAGCGUCACAACAAGCCCGAGGUGGAGGUCAGGAGCAGUAAGGAGCUGCUGCUUCAGCCUGUCGUGAUCAGCCGCAAUGACAAGGAGAAGGUUCUCAUCGAGGGAUCCAUCAACUCCGUCAGAGUCAGCAUUGCUGUCAAACAGGCUGAUGAGAUUGAGAAGAUCCUUUGCCACAAGUUCAUGCGCUUCAUGAUGAUGAGGGCAGAGAACUUCUUUAUCCUGAGGAGGAAACCAGUAGAGGGCUAUGACAUCAGCUUCUUGAUCACCAACUUCCACACGGAGCAGAUGUACAAACACAAGCUGGUGGACUUUGUCAUCCAUUUCAUGGAGGAGAUCGACAAGGAGAUCAGCGAGAUGAAGUUGUCCGUUAAUGCCAGAGCCCGUAUCGUCGCGGAGGAAUUCCUUAAGAACUUCUGAAGACUGCCUCCACUCGCUCUCCCACACAAAGUCUGUCACAGCCAAUCAGGAGAGAGGAACUGGGCGCCUACCGCCAGUAGCGAGGGAUCGACAACCAACGUGACUUACCCAGCAGUGGCGCUCGUUGGCUUUGUCUCCACGUGUCAUCUCUGUAGUCGUGCAUAUCAGUGACUGUAUAUAAAGAAAUACUGUCUGCCACUGAGAACUGAUGCCCACACAAACCAAGGCGGGUCCUUCUAGUAUGAAACACGCUGAUAUCCACGAACACAGAGACCACCAAAUAGUCUGUCAGUCCGUCAGCCAUUCGUCAUUGUCUGUCUUGUCCUCAAAUUCACAUGCGGAAACUUGUGGAAAUUAGUCCCCAAAAUGAAUGUGUAAAAUAAAUAAAGUUCCAGUGUUUCUA